AUGCGGCGGCGAAGGCUGAGACAUCAGGAGCCCUGGUGGGCCACCAGAAGCGUUGUCAGAGGAAACCCAGGGUACGACGAGCACCAGGAUGACAGACCUCCCCCUCCCCCAACCCACAUCCUUUACUGCACCAGACCUCCCCCUCCCCACCCACAUCCUUUACUGCACCAGACCUCCCCCUCCCCCAACCCACAUCCUUUACUGCACCAGACCUCCCCCUCCCCACCCACAUCCUUUACUGCACCAGACCUCCCCCUCCCCACCCACAUCCUUUACUGCACCAGACCUCCCCCUCCCCACCCACAUCCUUUACUGCACCAGACCUCCCCCUCCCCAACCCACAUCCUUUACUGCACCAGACCUCCCCCACGCCCCACCCACAUCCUUUACUGCACCAGACCUUCCCCUCCCCCAACCCACAUCCUGUACUGCACCAGACCUCCCUCUCCCCCAACCCACAUCCUUUACUGCACCAGACCUCCCCCUCCCGCCACCCACAUCCUUUACUGCACCAGACCUCCCCCUCCCCCACCCACAUCCUUUACUGCACCACACCUCCCCCUCCCCCCACCCACAUCCUUUACUGCACCAGACCUCCCCAACCCACAUCCUUUACUGCACCAGACCUCCCCCUCCCACCACCCACAUCCUUUACUGCACCAGACCUCCCCCUCCCCACCCACAUCCUUUACUGCACCAGACCUCCCCCUCCCCACCCACAUCUUUUACUGCACCAGACCUCCCCCUCCCCAACCCACAUCCUUUACUGCACCAGACCUCCACCUCCCCACCCACAUCCUUUACUGCACCAGACCUCCCCCUCCCCAACCCACAUCCUUUACUGCACCAGACCUCCCCCUCCCCAACCCACAUCCUUUACUGCACCAGACCUCCCCCUCCCUAACCCACAUCCUUUACUGCACCAGACCUCCCCCCUCCCCUACCCACAUCCUUUACUGCACCAGACCUCCCCCACGCCCCACCCACAUCCUUUACUGCACCAGACCUUCCCCUCCCCCAACCCACAUCCUUUACUGCACCAGACCUCCCUCUCCCCAACCCACAUCCUUUACUGCACCAGAACUCCCCCUCCCCCCACCCACAUCCUUUACUGCACCAGACCUCCCCCAACCCACAUCCUUUACUGCACCAGAUCUCCCCCUCCCCCCACCCACAUCCUUUACUGCACCAGACCUCCCCAACCCACAUCCUUUACUGCACCAGACCUCCCCCUCCCACCACCCACAUCCUUUACUGCACCAGACCUCCCCCUCCCCAACCCACAUCCUUUACUGCACCAGACCUCCCCCCUCCCCAACCCACAUCCUUUACUGCACCAGACCUCCCCCUCCCCCAACCCACAUCCUUUACUGCACCAGACCUCCCCCUCCCCCAACCCACAUCCUUUACUGCACCAGACCUCCCCUCCCCCCACCCACAUCCUUUACUGCACCAGACCUCCCCCUCCCCCCACCCACAUCCUUUACUGCACCAGACCUCCCCCUCCCCCCACCCACAUCCUUUACUGCACCAGACCUCCCCAACCCACAUCCUUUACUGCACCAGACCUCCCCCUCCCCCCACCCACAUCCUUUACUGCACCAGACCUCCCCCUCCCCAACCCACAUCCUUUACUGCACCAGACCUCCCCCUCCCCCAACCCACAUCCUUUACUGCACCAGACCUCCCUAA